UAUUUAUAAUUCUGCUGCAAAAUUGCAAGCGUGCCCGUGCGUUUCUGACUCUUGGUGCUUUUCUUCCAAGAAUCCUUUCGCUUUUGAAAUUGCUUGCCUUUCACACCUUAACCUGAAUUCACUCGAACCGGCUGCUAAACUGCCCGCUUCCUACUACUUCGAUCCGAAUCCUCCGACAACCUUUCUUUUGCAACCUCCACUUGCCAACCUCAAUCCAAGCCCCCUCCCCUGAAAGAUCGAUCUUUGUUCAAGAUUGAUAAACUGCCGCAAUCGCAGCUCCUCUUCCUGAAGGUGCUCAGCGAUUCCCCACAGCCUUGCCCAAAGAUUCCACCCCUCCUUUCAGCUUGACAAUACUCUUUGCCUUGCUACUUAUACAUCAAGAUGGCUCCCGGAAGACGAGCUGUCAAAAGUGAGUCUAUCGUUGCUCCUUUUGGUGGAUUAGCAACACCUGGACCAUCAAAUUACAGUGCGAGUGUUUCUCCGAAGAGAGAGAUUGAACUCGUCGAUCUCAGCGGCAGUUAUUCUGACGAUCAGGAAGACGACCCGCAACCAACCAGUUCGAAUCACGGUUUGCCGUCGUAUCCCGUGCCUUCGCUCAGAUCAGGGGAGGGAUCUCGUUCAGCUUCAGCUUCAAUCAGUCUAUCCAACAUUUCCCCGUCUUCACUUCUCGCAUCCCGACUUCAAGUAUCGCGCCAGUUGUCUCGAAAUAUGCCUCCGCCAUCACAAACAAUGGACGAUCCUCUAGGUUUUGAGUUCGUUGGACGACAUCUGAAAGCAAGCAUCGAUACUAUAAGCGACUUGCGAAAAUUCUCUCUUGACCAUGUCGUUCAGCUCGCCGAGGUUGUUAUGGUUGGCGAUCAAAGUGCCGGUAAAUCGUCUUUGAUGAGUCGGUUGACUGGAAUUGAGCUUCCUCGAGACCAAGGUAUUUGUACCAAAUGCCCAGCAAACAUCAAGACAUCCGCGUCCUCAGAUGGCCAGUGGACUUGUAAGGUGUCUCUUCAGCAAAACUGGAGAUACGAGAAAUCCAAGGCCAGGUCUAUCUCGACCAAGUCUGUCAAUUCGAGGAAUCCUUUCCCACCAUGGGUAGAGCAACCAAUGGAGAUCAAGGAAUUCAUGACUCUCGACCACAAAUUUCAACUCGAAGAGGCGAUCAAGUGGGCUCAGCUUGCCUUGCUCAAUCACGACGAAGAUUACACAGCUUUCAUUCCUGGCCAAGGACAUCGUACCUCGAAUGGCUUUGAGCCCGAACGAGAUCGUGCCGAGGCAAAGUUUUCUCCAAAUCUGAUUGCCAUCGACAUAUCGGGUCCAGAUUUGCCGGCGUUGUCAUUCUAUGAUUUGCCAGGUAUCUUUGCCGUUGCCGCAAAGCCCGAGGAUCAAUAUCUUGCGAACGUCAUCAAGAACUUGGCCAUAUUAUACAUCAAGCGACCGAACGCAUUGAUCGUCUGUUGCAUAGCUAUGAAGACAGACCCAUCCACCAGCAGCACAGGAAAGGUGAUUCGAGACUGUGGGGCUAGUCACCGGACUGUCGCAGUCCUCACUAAUCCAGAUCAUGUUCAUUCCCGUCACUUGGAGUACGAGAAGAUCCUGCUAGGCAAAGACCACGUUGUUGGGCACGGAUACUAUGUUACUCGGCAACCAGGAGACGCAGCCUCGAUUCCACCAGGACCCGACUAUCUUGCUCAAGCUCGUCGCCUGGAAAAGGAGUUCUUCGACACAGAUCCUCUGUGGACAGGAGAAUGGAGCAAGUUCCGGAACCGCUGUGGAACAGAAGUAAUUCAAGAUUUUCUGUCCUACGAGCUCGCAUCUUCCAUUAUACAAAGUAUUCCAAGCAUCCAAGAAAAGAUUGCUGCGGAAGCUUGUCGAGUUGACAGAGCUCUUUCGGAGUGCCCUGAUCUUCCCGACAAGGAUAUUCGAAACAUCAUCCGAAAGAUUCUCUCCGACUUUGGUAAUGAUGCUCGUACGGUGAUGAACGGUGAUUCUCUAGACACAAUUGAAAGCUUCCAAAGUGAAUGGUCCACACUCUCGGCAAACUGGUUCAGUCUCAUGAAGCACAUCAAACCCAUGGUUGGAGUCGCGGAGAUAGUUCAAAUUGACCUUUCCGUUGAGGAUGAUGAAGAACCUAUCAUUGACCACACCAACCGUCGCAAGCGUCCUGGUGUCGACGCAGCUUCUGCCACAAAACGCCAACGAGGAAACGAGCCGCACACACCUCAACACAGUAUUACUUUCGAAACCCCUCCACCUCCAUCUACAGGCCGCACACCCAAGAGAGAAGAUUUGGACUCGCGCGACCCUCCGGUCAUGAGACCUCUUCGUCGUACCGUAGCAUCAAAUCCAUUCGUCGGCACUGUAUUCGAGUCCUUCGCAAACUUGGGUAAAGGUUUCACGGAUGUUGGGAGGAUUCACCAAAAGAUCAAUCAACACGCUCGUUCUGGUCUUGCUGGUCUUGUUGACCCCAAGACGCAAAGUACUCUUUGUGUGGAAAGCAUCAAGCCCUGGCCUGCGCCUCUUAAAGUCUUUCUCGACAAGACUGUUGAAAUGGUUCGCAAGCAGCUGCAGGAUCUACUCAUCAUCCACCUAGGUGUCUAUGAGCAGACGGAACUCUAUCGCACCGCUCAGAAAUACUUGAAUCAAUUGAUUGAUAGGCACACAACCGAACUGCGACGUGAUGUGGACAAACUUCUUCGCAGGGAGCAGCAUAAGUCCUGGACUCUCGAUGACGAGUCGCUUCAAGCCGUCGAGUCUGUAGAGUACAAGCGAUUGCAGCUCGCUCGGAGAAAGGUUCGUGCUAAAGCUGAAGUUGAAAAGCAGAUUCGAGACGACCCGAAGAAGCGACUUUCACUUGACAUGGCACCCGAUGAACGCGAAAAGAUUGUGAGCAAGAGAGUGGGUGAGAUUGUUGGCCACAAGGAUGCCAAUAAGGAAGACGAUCCACUUCCCGCCGAUCAUUUGGACAAGGAGGUACGAGUCGCUGCAUAUGUACGAGGAUAUUACAAUACCGCUGCAAAGCGGUUUGUAGAUAGUGUUUGCUUGUCCAUCCACAACGAAUACUUCGUCAAUCUAUGGACAGACAUCAAGACUUAUCUAGAAGAUAAGUUUCAUAUCAAUUCAGUAGAAGGAGAAGAAAUCUGUAGGAGUCUUAUGGAAGAGGACGACGCCAAAGCUAGAGUGCGUCGCAGUCUCCGCACCGAGAAGGAGAAUCUAGUCGGGUUUGCCAAUCGCCUUGAACAACUCGUGGUACAGCUCACGCAGGAUCAAUCCGAACCUGCAAAUGGCAAUGCCGCAAACCGCAGUGAUCUUGCAGACGAGAACGACGACGAGGGAUCCCAAUGUGCCAACGACCGCCGACGAUCUCUCAGCGAUGAUGUUGAUAUGAAUAUCGAAGGCAGUGAAGAUACUAUCGGUGUGGGUGGCGCUGUUUAAGUGUGAGAGUUUGUUAGAUUCUCUAUUGUUUUCCUUGCUGCUUUUAUUUGUUUUCUGCUGGCGUUGUGGGAGGGCAUCUACAGAUCUUCGGACUUUCUAGGUCGGCUACUUCUCUGCUGUACUCUACAUGCUCUUCUUCUAUGUUGCUAGUGGAAAUAUUUGGGAGUUGGUGGACAAAAAGACGUCGGUUCUUUCAUAAUCUGAGAUCAUGUUUGCUAGUAAAACAGCUUGUUCUCGAAUGGUGGUUUGUAAUUCGAUCAU